AUGACCACGAGGACGGCUGCAGGGUUGUUAAGAUGCGGGAAAGGUUGCAGGUUGAGAUGGAUUAAUUAUCUAAGACCAGACGUUAAGAGAGGGGCAUUCACUGAAUCCGACGAGGACCAGAUUAUUCAACUCCAUUCGCGUCUCGGAAACAGCAACAAUGAGAUCAAGAACCAUUGGAAUACUAAAAUCAAGAAGUUGACGCUGCUAGGAUUGGACCACGUGACACACAAGCCCAUAGAGAAAACCGACGGGAAUUCGUGGAAUAAUCUGGACAACGACGACGAACGAGACAUUAUUCCGAGAAAAGACAACGAGAAACCGGAGGAAAUCCGAUUAGAUUUGGAUGAAACAAAUGAUAUCUUCAACAAGUGCCGAACGUUGUGUGAGAGCUUUGACUUGGAUUCAUGGUUGAACCAAGGUGCAAACACAUGUUCUUCAUAA